AUGUCGCCGAUUGCGGCAGCCGUGGCCGACGGAGAAGAAGUGUCUGGGCCCUGGAGCAGAGACAUACGUAGGGGUCCCGGGGUCCGAGUGGGAGGCGUAGUGGGAAGAAGGUUUCGGCGUCUGACAUGCCCAAAUCAGUCAAUCAACGCCACGCCGAAUGCGCUGUCACCUCCUCGCAGCCCUCCCGGCGCCGUCGCAGUGGCGACGGUCGCUUCGCCCUGGCGCGGUAUGCCCCUGGACCCCAGCCGCCCUUAUCCCCUCUUCUCUCUCAACCCUCAUCACUCCCGCCCCCGCGUCGCCAUGAGCCGCGCCCACAAGUCCAACAUGGCCCCUCCGCAAAACAUGGGCCCGCCUCAGGAUGUCGUUAUGGGUCCGCCCCCACUGCCGCCCCAGGUCGCCCAGUCCACGUCCCAAAAGUCCAACAGCACGGACGUCGUCGAGAAGUACCGGCGGCUGAAGAGAAAGUACUUUGACCUUGAAGAGAAAUACAAGGAGAGUAUCCUUCAACUGCGAGGCUCUGGCGAACGUAAUGUAAAGUGGCGAGCGGAGAGACGCUUCUUCCUUGAUCGCAUCACAGAACUCGAGUCCAACCCGCAGCUCAAUCCCGGUGCACUCAACCUGGCGCCGCCCUUUAAUGCAUUUCCACGCUCACUCCUCUCCGUCUCCGGGCAAAAGUACUUCGUCAAUAACCUCCGGCAAGCAACCGAUGAGGUCGUUCGAGGAGACGCCGACAUUGACCCGUAUCUGCUCUCGCGGCAUGUCGGGCCUGACGCGCGCAAGCGAGCAGAAGCAGAGCUCAAGGAGCGACAGGAGGAAGAGGCGCGCGAGGCACGACGUACGGUGCGCCGGCCGCGGGGCGGAGCGAAGACCAAAGACAUCGGAGCGCCGCUGACGUUCGCGCCUGCGGGUACGCCGCCGGUGCUGGUGUCGAGCUCCGGGACGCGUCUGCGCCUCAAGCCCCCCGCGCCGCCGUCCUCCGAGGGAGGAUCGCUGGUCGGAGGCGGGCACCCACAAGACCGUUCGCCAUCGCCUCCAUCGCCUCUUCAGUCCCCCCACGACGAAUACGGUCCACCGCUCGCGCAUGGUCACGUUGCGGACAUGGCGCCGCCUCCUCCUCAGUCGCAGAUGCAGAUGACUCUGCGCACGUCAUCGACGGGCGGGCUAGCGGCAGCCACGCGGCCGUCUGAUUUGCAGCGGCACGCCAAGCCGAAGCGGCUGAAGGCACACACCGUGCAGAGCAAGAACUACAGCAUCCCGACGGUGCCGCGCGACGCGAAGGGGAGCCCGAUCCUCCCUCUGAACGUCGGCAUCAUGACGGUGCAUCGCCUUGGGGAGGUGUGCACGCGUGAGCACUUCCAUACGGAGCGGUAUAUCUUCCCUAUUGGCUACGAAGUGACGAGGCGCUAUGCGUCCACGAUCGACAUGCGCGCGGAGGUCCAGUAUACCUGCACGAUCCUUGAUGGCGGUGACGGGCCAAAGUUCAGAAUAAUCGCGGCGGACCAGCCCGAUAAGCCCAUCGUUGCGGGCACAGCGACAGGCGCGUGGCCGCUCGGUGGGCGCCACGCCGCGGUGAUGCCUGCCCUCUCUGAUGACCAUGAAGGUCAAGGGGCGGGCGGCGGGUACUAUGCCGACCGCGGCGAUGGUGAGCGAGAGCUACAAAUUAUCCAAGAGGGCGAGGACCACCAGGCAUACCUUCCCCCGCCGCCACCAGCGCCGCCGAGCAACAAACCCAUCAUGUUCCAGCAAGAGUAUCGCGAGUACGUGCGUCCGGCCGAGCGUGGUGAACAGGAGCCGCCCAUGCGCCGCGAACGGCGAAGUUCACGCUCGAGCAACUCGCGGUACGAGGACUAUGUCGAGACCGAUUCCGUCGUCGGGCCGCCCGACGCCCGCCGGACAAUGUCGCACUCGCCCGUGAUGCACCGCGAGAGGGAGCGUGAGCGUGAGCACGAGCACUACUCCCCGCAGCAGAUGCCGCCGCCCCACGUCACACGCUCGCACUCGCACUCGUCGAUGUCCUCGCCGCACGCGCACCACCGCUCGCCAUAUCAGCCACCGGCCCGCAAUGGCGAGGCUGCGGCAGGUCCGGUCACGCCUCGUCAUCACUACAUGCCGGCCUCCCCCCCACCUGUCCCUGCCACUCUCGCUAGUAUCAUGCAUGCGUAUCCAGCCCCGCCAGGCCCCGCCGGCCCACCCGACACCGAAUACACCUAUACCAACGGGAGCGGCCAUCGGAGAAACGGACACUGAAGAGCACCUGGACCAUUUCUUCUCUGAAACCCCGGCGCCUGAGGAGGCUGCACGGUUCUUGCUUAUCGAGGGGACGCGGUCGAGAGAAUGUACCACCACGCUUUGCUACGUCUUGCUUUCGCUGUCUUCUGUAUUCUAUACUACUCACCCAUGUUGUGACUA